AUGGAGGCUCAAAUCAUAGCGACGAAACUGAUAAAACCAGCAGUUCCCACUCCUGAUCAUCUGAGGAUUUGUAAGUUAACCUUCCUCGAUCAGCUUGCUCCGAUGGUUCACGUACCAUUUAUGCAAUUCUACAAAGCUAAUCCCCGUGAGAACGUACAGGAAAAGCUUCUCAACUCAUUAUCACAAACACUCAUCCGAUUCUACCCCUUAGCCGGAAGGUUCAUCGAAGAUGGCUGGUACAUUGAUUGCAACGACAUGGGAGCCGAGUACAUAGAGGCCAAAAUCAACAUCGAACUGCAUGAAUUUCUCACCUUAGCACCUCAAAAUAUUCAUCUCUUAGAUCAUCUCCUCGCGAGGAACGAUCUUGAAGCAGUUAGUUAUCUUGACACCACUCCCAUCCUUUGUCUGAAAGUAACCACUUUCAGAUGCGGGGGAAUAGCAAUUUGCACACAUCUGUCACAUAAAUUAGUCGACGGAUUUACAGCAGCUGCAUUUUUUCGCGAAUGGAGUGGCACAUGUAAGUCCAAUACGAUCCGUCAACAAGUUGCUUUUCCACCAGACUAUGGCCUUGAUAAGGUUUUUGAUACUAGAAAUAUUCCAGAUGACAUUAAUCCGAAGCACGACCUAUCAGAAUCUCCCAAACAAAAAGUUGUUACAAAAAUAUUUGUAUUCGGAGAACAAGCCAUAUCCACCUUGAAGUCCAGGCUCGCUAAUAGCACAGAUAUCACGCAGCCUACACGCGUGGAGGCUGUCACGUCUACGGUGCUUAAGGCUAUAACUUCCGCCACUGAUUCGAGGAAAGAUUACUUAAUGUUUUAUUGUUCCAUAAAUAUGCGAGGCAGAACAAGUCUUAUGAAACGAGCAUCGGAUGAUAAUUCAUUAUUAUGCGGGAAUUUCUGCAUUCCGGUUCCAAUUAAAAUCGACCGAAACAAUAAAAAUGUGGAGGUACAGGACGUGGUGACUCUGAUGAGGACUAAAAUUGGGGAAGUUGUGGAGCUUUGUUCCAGGAGUCUGAAUCCUGAUGAGUUGUACUCGAAAUUGGCUCUGAACCUUCGUGAAAUAAUCGGGAGUAUGGGGAAAGAAAAUGUGGAUACGGUGUAUUUUAGUAGCUUAUGCAGGUUUCCGUUUUACGAGGCUGAUUUCGGGUGGGGGAAGCCGGAGUGGGUGACAACAGGGGGGAUGACGAUAGAGCUGGCGUUUUUCAUGGACCCGAAAAGUGGGGGAGGAAUAGCUGCGACGGUGUGCUUGGAAGAGGAGAAGAUGGUGCGGUUUGAGUGUGAUCCUGACAUUCUUGCAUUCACUUCCUAG